AGUCGCUACAAUCACACACACACAAACGCACACACACUGAACAAUCAUCAGGAAAGCAAAUGCCAUCUACUACAUAGCGUGUAAAUCCAAGCAACUAAUAACAGUUGCCAUCAAUUAUUUAUCAGCCUGUCUUUUGGGAUGAUGGCGACGAUGAAGAAGCGCUGCUGAAGCUGCAUAAAGCCAGGUGGCGCUAUGACUAUAACUGAAUUUGGUCAUGGGUGUUUGUUCAGAACAGAACACCUAUCACACGUGUGAAGUCUGGGGAAGAUCGGACAUUACUUGCCUGAGUUACAGCAACUUCCUUUUUCACUACAUUAGUAGCAUGCUUUAGCACUUAGCUAAGUGUUGCUAGCAUGUAUUGCAGGUGGCGCUAUGACUAUAACUGAAUUUGGUCAUGGAUGUUUGUUCAGGACAGAACACCUAUCACAUGUGUGAAGUUUGGGGAAGAUCGGACAUUGCAUGCCUGAGUUACAGCAACUUCCUGUUUCACGGCGAAACAUCAAAUUUGUCAGGCCGCCAGAUGUGACCAGUGUCAUGGAAUAUAAUGAAAGACUUGCUCGUUUUCGUCAGGGUCAUGUCAACCCAUUUGACAGGAGAGAGAUCGACAGCAGCACUGAGGGGAAGGAUCCUCCAAAAGAUGAGGUAAGGUCGGAGAUCUUUUCCUCAGAAUCCAAAACUCAAAGUUCAGACCGACCAAUGGAUCUGGGCUUGGCUGAAGACCAUUUCUCUCGACCUGCGGGUUCAUUUGUGGCAUCCGAUGUAGAGCAGCUGAAACAGGCCAUAGCAGAGUGCAAGAGACUGAUCCUGGAACUGCCAGAACAUUCAGAGAAACAGAAGGACACAGUCAUCAAAUUGGUCCACCUUCGGCUCAAACUACAGGAAUUAAAGGACCCAGAGGAAGAUGAGCCGAACCUGCAGGUUCUGUUAGAGCAUCGAUUCUCAAAGGAGAAGAGCAAGAGUGUCAAACAGAUGUGUGACAAAUGUAGCACUAUCAUAUGGGGACUCAUUCAGACCUGGUACACCUGCACAGGUUGUUAUUACCGCUGUCAUAGCAAGUGUAUGCAUCUUAUCAACAAACCAUGUGUGAGGUCAAAGGUCAGCCAUCAGUCUGAGUAUGAACUCAGCAUCUGUCCUGAAGUUGGUUUAGACAAACAGGACUACAGAUGUGCUGAAUGUCGGACACCCAUCUCUCUACGGGGUGUUCCUAAUGAGGCACGGCAGUGUGAUUAUACAGGUCAGUAUUACUGCAGCAGCUGCCACUGGAACGACACAGCCAUUAUUCCGUCUAGAGUCAUACAUAACUGGGAGUUUGAGCCCCGUCAGGUGUGUCGUACAUCAAUGCGCUAUCUUGCUUUGAUGAUAACCAGGCCUGUGCUCAAACUGAAGGAAAUCAACCCUCUUCUCUUUAACUUUGUGGAGGAGCUGGUGGAAAUCAGAAAAUUACGUCAGGAUAUUUUGCUAAUGAAGCCAUAUUUCAUCACCUGUAAGGAGGCCAUGGAGGCCCGACUCCUGUUGCAUCUUCAAGAUCGUCAGCACUUUGUGGAGAAUGAUGACAUGUACAGCCUACAGGAUCUGAUUGACUUAUCCAGCGGGCGUCUCAGCUGUUCCCUUACUGAAAUUCACACAACUUUUGCCAAACAUAUUAAACUGGACUGUGAGAAAUGCCAGGCCAAAGGCUUCAUGUGUGAAUUGUGUAAAGAGGGUGACAUUCUCUUCCCAUUCGACAACCACACCUCCGUCUGUAAUGACUGUUUUGCUGUUUUCCACAGUCUGAAAAAAGAAGAGCAUAUAACAUUAAAACAACACAAGGGGAUUGUUACUAUGAUAACUCGACCACAUGUCCGCGCUGUGCAAGAAUGCUGGAACGGCAACAUGAGGAGUCCCAGAACCUGUAGAUGAACCUGACAGAUGGAUGAAUCGCAAAUACUGUCAAAGAUCUUCAGAGUCAGAACUUGUCUUAUAUUCAGUUUAUUUGUUCUUGAUGUUUUAACCAUGCUUCUGUUAGCUUCUGAACUGACAUUAAUGAAGUGUGAUCAGGAUAGAAGGAAAACCUCACAUUUUGAAUAUAUAAAUAUAGAACUUCUGGUUACUGUUAUAUAUCUUUAGUCCAAAGAGAAAUCUUUGACAAACUUUAAUAAUGGCAUGUUCCUCUUAAGAAUGUGACCGUGAGAUCAAUUUAAUUUCUUUCUAUAUGUAAUCCUGGGUAGCAUGCUUUUUAAGGGACCAGGAAAAAAUACUACAAGGCUACACUAUGUUCUGCUUUACAUUUAUAACCCCGUUAUACACUGUGGUUUAAUGCAGUAGAUAAUAUGCUGAUAAUUGAUUCUAUGAUAAUUAAUGAUAUAAAACAAAUGCUGUGCAACUAUUUCUGGUUUAAAUUAUUUCAAAAUGGAAUCUUCUGUAAUGCAGUUACCUGGUGUAAAAUUGUAUCCUAUUAAAUGACAUAAUGCUA